UGGAAAAGAAUUUAAGUCGUCAUCAUUAGUCAAUUCGGAAACUGUAGAAAGACUUAUUAAAAUAAUUUGUUGCAAAUUAUAUACAUACAUUUACUUAUUUGCUUGAAAUAAAGAGCUGCAAUGUCCAAAAUACUUGCUGUGCCACCUAAAAAGCCUGCGGAGGUUGAAAUUGUUAAGCCGCUAAACAAUCUGAUCCAAAGUACAUACAGUGGUGCUAGUGCAGAGGAAAAGGCCAAAUACUCUGAAGCUGUAAACGAGUUCUCAAAGCAGCGCAACACGGCUAUAUGGAAGUUCUUCGAAAAAUAUGAAUCCUCACUAGAAGUGGUCUAUGCCUAUUUCGAUCAAAUCUGCGCUUUGGAAACCAAAAUUCCUGUAAAUGAACUUCAAAUUCCUUUUAAAUGGAAGGAUGCAUUCGACAAGGGAUCAAUUUUUGGAGGUCGCAUUAGUUUAACUCACACAUCACUGCUAUACGAAAAGGUGUGCGUGCUAUUCAAUAUUGCUUCUCUGCAAAGCAAUGUCGCGGCAUCUCAAACUUUGGAUAGCGAUGAAGGUUUAAAGAUUGCUCUGAAGCUGCUGCAGCAAAGUGCUGGUAUAUUCCAGUACCUCAAAGGUGCUACACCGGCAGCUAUACCAUCAGAACCUACUCCUGAUUUGAGCCAGGAUACCUUGAUUUGCUUACAAGCAUUGAUGGUAGCGCAGGCACAAGAAGUUUUCAUUUUAAAGGCUAUAAAAGACAAUAUGAAAGAUCAAAUUAUAGCUAAACUGUGUUGCCAAUGCGAGGAGUUCUACGCCGACGUAUUGCGGGCAAUGCAAAAAGAAAGCGUUCGUAAUAUUUGGGAAAAGGAAUGGAUACCAGCCAUUGCCGGAAAACAGGCAGGUUUUCACGCUCUAACACAACUAUAUCAAAGUUUAGCAUGCCGUGCCGCGAAGAAGAUAGGUGAGGAAAUUGCACGAUUGCGAUCGGCUGUUGAACUAUUUAGAGCAGCGCAAACACGUUCGGGCAAUUCAACCUAUCUUGAUGAAUUUUUUACACGUGCCAAGCGCAAUUUAGAAGAAUCAACUAAAGAUAAUGAGUUCAUCUAUAAUGAAAUUAUACCCGAAGUCAGUUCUUUGCCAUCACCCGGAAAAGCUCAGCUGGCCAAGGCUUUGCCCUUGAACUCACCUUUGGCAAGUAAUUUUAAGGACAUCUUCUCGGAAUUAAUACCAGUCGAGUUACACCGGGCUUUGACCGCAUCUGAUAUGCGUAAAAAUGAAAUUGUGAAUGGAGAGAUAAUGAAACUUCGGGAGGCAACGCAGACUCUAAACGGCGUGUUAGCUAGCUUAAAUUUACCGGCUGCUGUUGAAACGACAGAUGCAGGUAGCGGUUUGCCACCAUCACUACGCGAAAAAGCUGUCGAUGUACGUAACAAGGGUGGUAUUGAGAGUAUAAAUACUUAUCUUAAAGAGCUGCCAGAGUUGUUGCAGCGUAAUCGUGAAAUAUUGGAUGAAACAGAGCGUAUAUUAGAUGAAGAACGUGACUCUGAUAAUCAAUUGAGAAAUCAAUUCAAACAGAAAUGGACUCGCAUACCAUCUGAUAAGCUUACUGAAAUGUUCCGUACUAACGCAAAGAAAUAUCGUGAAGUAAUCACAAACGCGAUUGAGGCAGACAAGAUUGUGAGACAAAAGUUUGAGAAAAAUCAAAAAGGUAUUGAAUUGCUUUCUAUGGCUCCGGAGCAAAUACAAGAAGCAGUCCCAGCUGCUGGAGGUAAUAUCGAUCCAAAUUGUCCAAGUGUUCAAAAAUUGAAAAGUCUUAUGGAGGCUGUAGAAACUAUCAAAGCAGAACGCGAUGCAAUUGAAUUAGAGUUGAAAUCGGCUACUUUCAAUAUGAAAGACGAGUUUUUAACGGCACUACAAAAAGAUGGUGCUAUAGAUGAGCCAGCAAUUUCGUUAUCUCAAAUUGGAAGAGUUUUGAGUCCACUUCAGUCGCAAGUAAAAGAGAGUGUAGAGCGUCAAGUGACACUCGUUAGUGACAUUCAGCAAUCUCACGAGCAGUUCGUUACCGAAACUGGAAGUUGCGGCAGCUCGCGUGAUAAACUUUAUCAAGAAUUGGCCACCGCUUAUGAUAGUUUUAUCGAGUUGCUGGGAAAUUUGAAAGAAGGCACUAAAUUUUAUAAUGAUUUAACAGAACUUUUGGUCGUAUUCCAAAAUAAAAUAUCAGAUUUUUGUUUUGCUCGAAAAACGGAAAAAGAAGAACUUCUUAAGGAUUUGACAACAGAGUCAAGCCGCCCUGCCAUUGGUCCGACACCGACUUUACCCUCACACUAUGCAUCUACAUCAGGCAGUGAUGUAAGUCCAUCCAGUUCAGCGUCCUCAGUUCCGGAUGCACCGGUACCCUCGAGCGGAAAUGUUCCUUAUCCGCAUCAAAUGCAAGGCAUGCCGAUGCCAUAUGGCGCCACACCGGGCGUCCCUUAUCCAACAUACGUUCCACCACCACCAAUGCCACAGGGAUUUAAUCCAUAUGCAACGCUGCCUUAUCCAGGAAACCCUUAUCAAUACAGUGGAUUUCCGCAAGGGCCUCAGCCGGGCCACUAUGGAACUUAUCCGGGAAGUUUUGCACAUCAGCAGGGAGGUUAUCCAAAUCAAAAGCCACCAGGCUGGUAAAAUUCUUUCUAAAUCUUUUCCAGAGUUGCAAUCUCUUCUUAUAUUAUUCGUCAUUGUUUUAUUUUCCACUUCGAAGGAAUGGAAAUUGAUUUUAUAAUUGUAAAGUUUUGCACUUGAAUUCUCAUAUCGAAAAUAUUUUUGCUUUCAGUAUAAAUUAUUUAGUAUUAUUAUCCAAACGCAAUGCAACAAUAAUAUGUACUCGUAUACUCAUAGAUACACAUAAACAUACAUAUGCAUAAAAAUUUAUGUAUAUGAAUAUAUGGACUUUUGAAAAUUAUAAAAAAUAAAUUAAAACAUCAUGUUAAUCUU